UCCCUAUUCACACUAUUUGGAAUACGCGUGGAACUCAAGGUGAAAAAGAAGAAAGUUAUCGAACGCGGGUGUGUUCUUCUUCGUAAGGUUUUACUUUUAAGCACGCAUAUCCCCAAAAUCGAAUAAUCCUUCAUAUUGCUUCACUACGAUCCAAUCUUCAUAUAAUCUAUUUACAAUCUAUAUUUUUUGCGGUAACUUUCAAUUUUUCCGAUCCCCAAUUUUGUUUGUAUAUAUAUACUUCGGGUUCUGGGAUCAGUGUGAAAAAAUGGAGAAGGUGAUGAACAUUUUGAAACCCAAGGCAAAUCCUCAACAAAUAUUGAGAGAUUGGCAACGCAGGCUUCGCCAAGAGUGUCGAAACAUUGAACGUCAAAUUCGCGAUAUUCAGAGAGAAGAAAAAGCUGUGCAGAAGGCUAUUAAAGAAGCUGCCAAGAGGAAUGACAUUGGCUCUGCAAAGGCACUUGCUACAGAACUUGUGAGAUCAAGGAAAACAGUGAACCGUCUUCAUGAAAAUAAAGCGCAAUUGAAUUCGAUAUCAAUGCACCUUGGUGAAAGUGUUGCGAUUUCUCGUACUGUGGGACAUCUAUCCAAGAGUGCUGAGGUUAUGAAGCUUGUCAAUAACCUCAUGAAGGCUCCUGAAAUGGCUGUGGCUAUGCAAGAAUUCAGCAAAGAAAUGACAAAGGCAGGAGUCAUUGAGGAGAUAGUAAACGAUGCUGUUGACUCGGCAUUAGAUUCUGAGGACAUAGAAGAUGAGAUAGAAGAAGAAGUUGACAAAGUCUUAACCGAACUAGCUGGUGAGACGGCUGCACAACUUCCCGAAGCUGUGAGGAAACAAAAGGUGAAGCAACCUGCUCAAAGUGUUGGAGCUGCAGAAGAGGAAGAGGCUAUUGCCGAAGGUGUUGAUGACGAGGAGGAAAUGGAAGAAAUUAGGGCCAGACUGGCUAAAGUCAGGUCAUAAACGAGUUUAUACUCUCUAGUUUUGCAAUGCAGCUUCUGCAUUGUACCUCGAUAUAUAUAUAUUUUAAAAGAGAUGUUGACAUCUUUGUAUCUCAUUUGUAUUGGAAAAUAUGACUAAAAUCACAAAUGGUUACAUAGUUCAUAUGUAAAUUACACGAAAUCCUAGAGAGGAUCAAACAAUCGAAGUUUCGAGUUUAUAUUAUUGAGGAUAAUAUUACUAACUUUAUCAAUGGUUGAGGAUUUGUUUUACUUAAAUUCAGGAUUGGUGGUAGAGAUUACAAUCCAGCUCCUUGAGUCUCAAGUGUUUGAAAUGGUUUAUUUUAUGAAAGUAGCUUUUGACAUGUUUAGAAGAUGUAUUAAGUUUAUUUUUGUAAACAUUUCAAAACAGCUUACAAAAAUUAAUCCAUGCAUAAGUUUGCAUUA